AUGCUCCCACGUGGGUUCAGGUUCAAUCCAACUGAUGAGGAGCUGAUACAAAUCUUGAAGAGUAAAGUGUUGGGGGAAGAACUAAUUCACUUGCAUUUCAUUGUUGAAGCUGAUGUUUACAAGCAUGAACCACAACAUCUUCAAUGGAAUCCGGUGGUUACUGUAAACAAGAAUGAGAGGUACUAUUUCUGUAAGAGAGAGAGCGAGUCUCGCGAAGUAUCUGGUCGAGGGUGGUGGAAAGCUACAAGCCAUGUCAAGAAAAUUUACGAGGAGGAGGUUCUCGUGGGUUACAAGAGGCCCUUGACAUUUCAUAGGUUUCGAGCUAUGAACCAAAGAAAUCGAGAAAAUGCCAUCAAGACUAAUUGGAUUAUGCAUGAGUAUACACUCGAUUCUAAUGCAAAGGAAUGGAGACUUUGUAAGAUUAAAUACAAGGGAAAGCCAACUAUACAAGAAGAGUUGGAGAAUGCGAGAACAAAUUGUUUGUUGAAGAGUAGUAGUGAUUUUGAAGCUGGAAAUUCCAGCUCAACAGAAAAUCAUCAGCUGCCGGAGGCACAAGUAGCCUUGCAUUUAGUGAAUUCUUCUGCCAUGCCAAAUGUAGAUCAUAGUAGUGAGUUUGGACCUGAUUUCUGGCAAGAAAUGCAGUUGGAAAUGAUUGAUCAUCAUCAUCAUCAUCAUCAUCUUGAUAAUAAGCUCCAACCACAGCCUUCAGAGAUGGAUUAUCCAUUGAUGAUGAGCUCUGUUGGUGAUUCGGAGCCUACUCAUGAAGAACAGUUCCCUCCUCUAUGGUCCUGGCAGGACUAGAAGAAUUUAUUUUCUAUGAAUUAUCUGAUAUAUGCAAUAUGUGUGAGCUAGAUGAUUUCAAUUCUUCUAAUGUUAACUAGUUCUAGCUGUAUGUAAAUAC